AUGAGUAUAGCCAGUAUUCUACCAGGUCGAAUUAGCACGUCCGUAAAAGGUGGUCGCAGGCUUUGGAGGGAACAAGGAAUCACGCAAUAUAGCUCCCAAUUGUGUUGGUUGAUCGAAUGCUUGAAUACAUGUGGACAUUUAGGACUCAAGAAACGACGGAAAUUGAUAGACCCAGUAGACUAUAUACUGGAACCCAGGAGACGACGAAAGUUACCAGUAGGUUGCAUAUACGCAUUGGUUAUUGCGACCCCAAAUUUACGAAGUAGCUUAGGGGAAUAUAGUCUCACGAUCAGAUUGUUGUUGCAGAAUAUGUGUAUUGGGACCCACGAUGAAGAAAAUCGCGUACCAAGACCUUAGACAUACGGACGCUGUGGUGAGGGAAAACCACAGAAAUGAUUGACUCAGAGGCCGGAAUAACAGGAGUAUUGGAAGCUGGAAUAAUAAUUGAAGCUAGGCCCAACUGCAGUAACAUAGCUAAUGACAAGUCAGACUGACUAAGAUCAUAGAAGUGGCAAAUCACUUACAACUUGAAAAUAGCAGAGACGAGUUAUGCCUAAAGUCAUUUAUCCCAAGAAUAGGGUGGAUAUUUUGAUGAAGAAAAAAACUAAAGCAAAUAAUAAAGGAAUGGGAUUGUGAGCUCU